UAUUUUUAUAUAAGUAUAAGCAAGCCAUAUUACAACCAAAAGACGUAAACAAAUAAAUUUAUUUCAAAAUGAAUCCCCUAACAAACAUGAAAAAUGUGCUGAAAUUAAGCGAACAUGAGCUGCAACAUGGAGGAAAGAAGAGUUGGCAUGAUAUGUACAGGGACUCAGCAUGGAUUUUUGUGGCGGGAUUUCCAUAUACCCUUUCUGAAGGAGAUUUAAUCUGCGUGUUUUCCCAGUAUGGCGAAGUUGUUAACAUUAAUCUGAUUCGAGACUCGAAAACGGGAAAGUCAAAGGGAUUCUGUUUCCUAUGCUACGAGGACCAAAGAUCCACAGUUCUGGCCGUGGACAAUCUUAAUGGCAUUAAAAUCAUCGACCGAACCCUAAGGGUCGACCAUGUGGCAGACUACAAGCCUCCAAAGGAAAACGACAAGAUGAACGAGGAAACCCUGCGUCUGUAUAUGGAGGGUUGUGCUCCGAAACCUCAAAUUCAACACAUCAAGACUGAGAAAACUAAAGACAGCAAAAAGUAUAGAUGAUAAAAGUUAUCAACUCAUACAAACAAAACCAUAGUAAAUCACAUAAUAAAACCGUUGAUAAAAAGUAAUUUUGUAUUGAAAAAAGUAAAGCUGUACUUUUCUAGAAAACUGA